AGCUGAUGACGUCGUUAGGGGAGGGGCUGGUGGGGGACUGACUGACUCAGUGAAGAAAAGAAAUGGCGAUGCUCGGAGGGUUUAGCGCCGCUCAGCACAAGAAAAACGUCUCUGACGGGAGCAGCGACGUGUCAGAAUUCGUCUGUCCAGUUUGCCUCGAAAUCUUCGAGAGUCCCGUAACAACACAAUGCGGCCAUACGUUCUGCCAGAGUUGUUUGCAGGAGUGUUUGCGUCCACAGAAACCUGUUUGUGCUGUAUGUCGGGCCGGGCUGGGCCACUGGACUAAAGCUGCUGAGCUCGAGGCUGUCAUUCAAUCAUCUGUGGCUGCUUGCAAGGGUUGUGGAACACAGGUUGGCCUUUCUCAGAUGAGAAGCCACACAGCUGCCUGCUCAAAAUACCAGGAGUACAUUGAGGAGGGGGUGAGGACCACGGCCCAGAGCCAGCCUGCCAUCAUCAGUCCAGUACCAAAUCGCUUCACUUUCACCUGCCCAUACUGCAACUGCCAGAACCUGGAUCAGGACGGCCUGGUCGAACAUUGCACUUCCCAGCAUUCUCGUGAUGCAAGACAAGUGGUGUGUCCCAUCUGUGCCUCGAUGCCUUGGGGGGACCCUAACUACAGGAGUGCGGACUUUUUCCAGCACCUGAAGAUCAGACACACAUUCUCUUAUGAUACCUUUGUUGAUUACUCCACAGACGAGCACACAAUGAUCCAGGAGGCUCUACAGCGCUCCCUUUUGGACAACUGAAGAGUGAAGAACAAUCCACCAAGAGAUGAAUGGAGUGACACGAAGGGAAGACGGUGAUGUGAAGUCUUUAGAAGAUGGAACAACACACUGUAACAUCAUUCAUCUAUCAUGAGGAUGGUGGUACUGUAUUACGAUGGGUAAUCAGUCUCACAGGGAAAUUGGUAUUGUUAUUAAGAAUUUAUAGGUUUAUUGUUCAGAAAAUAAAUCGCGCAAUAUGGUUAAAAAAGCAUAUUGUACUGUCUGAUUUAGGAGUGAUACUGUGUUUCUGGUGUGAUAAACUCUUUAUCUUCCCCCAGUUGAGUCUGUAGACUUGAUAGUUUGUUGAAUAUCCACUAAACUAUGUUUGUUCAAGCUGUUUGUUCACUGAUGACAUAUAGCCAAAAACUUCCAAAGUUGUAAUAAAAUGUCCCUGUCGUCAAUACUUGAUGUUAUAAGAGGGUUCGACCACUAGGUGGCUAACUGUUGCCAGCAAUUGACGGACUUCACUCAGUGAGGAGGUCAAGUGAUGUUAACAAUAAUAUAUAAUAAUAAUCUACUCAAGAGUGACUCUGCAUGUUUUACUCUGCAAAGUGGAGAAAGUGGGAAGGGGUGUUUUUAUUUUUCGACUUCAUUAGAAAGAUGGAAGCUCUGAUUUUUUUAAAAUGCUGUUUCUGGGUGAAAAAAGUGUGUCUUUGUGUGAGAGAGUUUAUGUUCAUUCUGUUUUUUAGAGAUCUACUGGAAAGAAUAAAUAAUAAGAGGGUCAAACAAAGCCAGAGGUUGGCUGUUUGCUUUAUUGUAAUGUUUCUCCCUUAUGUCUUUGUGCCUGCUGGUAGAUCUUGUUUCUGACUUCCAAAACUUUAUAGGGCUAAUAGUUCAUCCAGUGAACCAAAAGAUGCAAGUAAGAGACCGUCAGUGUGUCAUAAUCGGUCAGUUCUGUGAUUUUUCAUUUGGGUGAGAAUUUAUUUGCAUGUUUAUGACCACAAGGGGGCAGUAGAGCUCCACCGUUUCUCUGUCGAUCCAUGACAGCCACUGGGCCUUUUACCGGCCUCGUGGCUCUGUUUGCAAAACAUAAUUCAACACAGAUUUCAGUCUAUACAUGUGCUUUACUCAAUGUGUUGUUCUCCAGCUUAGUUUUUAUAUGCAGCAUACAAAAAUGUCACUGAUCUUUAGUGGUUUUAGUGGAGUUAUUUGUUCUAGUUUUAACUGAGUGACCAUAACUUCGCUUUAGGCAGUUCAUGACGUGACUUUUAAGAUUUUUAAAUGUAACUUUACUGUAGUGUGUUUUUUCAUGCCCGGUGUCUAAAAUGCUUCAUCGAGAAACUCCAGUUUGUUUUUUGCUGGCUUUUAAUGUUCUUGACAUCACUGCCAACACAUUCUGAAAAAAGAAAAGAAAAGAAAAAUUAUUUGUAUGCCUCCAAAACAGACCGCAUGUGAAGUAACAAGAAAAUUCAGUUUGACUUUGCUUGGAUUUUUUGCUCUGGAUGUUUGUCAUUUUAAUUCUUAAAAUGUAGAUUGUGUCUUUUUUUUUUUUUUUUUUUUACAAUUAGCAUUGUUUUCCAAUAACUUGUAAUUGUCACAAAUCAACCAUAUACAGGAGUGCAAAUCACACACGGUAACAUUGCAUUUGUCUUCUACCACCACGUAAAUAAAACUUCAACCACCCAGAUCAAGUAGCUCUAGAGCAGAACCUUAAUGCCUUUUCUCAUAGUCUUUGGUGCCACUUAGCCCUAGAUGUUCGUUUUUCUCUCCAGUAAAAUGUGUAAUAAUUUUGUAUGUGUUUCUCAUGUAUAAUGACCUUUUUUUUCCUUUCUCAAUAUAUCUUUCAUUCUCUUUUGUCAGCCCUACUGUUAGAGGGUGCUAAAUCCUGAUAAAUUAAAGCUCUUUAAUUAUUUAAA